GAUAUGAAUGGAAUCCAGGGAAAUGUAUGCCGUCGAUAUUGUGAGUUACGCCACCUGGGACAUUUUCCAACCACAGAAGUAGAUGAACUAACCCAACGUCAAGUAACACUUUUUGUUGACCGUUUGACUCAAGCGCUGAACGGAAUAAGCUGGCUCAUGCGUGUGUGCCACGCCAAAUUCUAUGGUGUGCUGUCACAACACAUCCCAUGA